AUGGGAAACUUUUCUGGAACCACAAACUCAGCAACACCAGUCAUAAAAAGAAAAUAUUUGAACAAGAAAAAUAAUUUGAAAUUUUGCGAACAGAAAAUAGUUCAAAAUUUUAUUCUGAUUUGGUUAGAUGCAUCCAUUGGAGAAGCAGGAAAAGAUUUCCAAUAUACCAUUUCUCAAAUAAAUAAGAUCUUUAAUUCAAUCACGUUAUUUACUGAUUUGAACACAUGUCGUGAAUUCAUUGAAAAGACAAGGUAUGAACAAAUAUUUCUUCUUGUAUCUGGAAGACUUGGAGCAGAAUUAGUACCGCUUGUUCAUAAAUAUGUUCGACUUGAUUCCAUUUAUGUAUUUUGUGGCGAACCAGAGCGCCACAAAUGGACGAAAGAAUGGAAAAAGAUAAAACUUGUUUCCAAUCAAAUUGAAACUAUUUGUCAAUUAAUUGUAAACGAUGCUGCACAAUGUGAACAAGAUUUAACUCCAACUAGUAUUCUUUCGUCGAAUGAUUCUUUGAAUCAAGAUUUACAACAAAUUAAUUCAUCAUUUAUGUAUUCACAACUGAUAAAAGACAUUCUAUUUGAAAUGACCUAUGAUGAACAAUCAAUAGACGAGCUUGCUAAUUUUUCUCGAAAAAGUUACCCUCGCAAUUCAGCUCAAUUAAAAAUUAUUGAUGAAUUCCAAAAAGAUUAUCACAAACAUACACCAAUCUGGUGGUAUACUCGUGAGUGUUUCACUUAUCGAAUGCUUAAUCGUAGUUUGAGAACUUUCGAUAUUACUAUUAUUUCCAUGAUGGGCUUCUUUAUGAAAGAUGUUCAUCAACAAAUCAAAGAAAUACACUCAAAAAUGUCCAGGCGAAUGGGACCAUUUGUCGUUUAUCGUGGUCAAGGAAUGCUUAAUGACGAAUUUACUGGAAUACGUAAUAAUAUCGGUGGUCUACUUGCAUUCAAUAGUUUUCUUUCUACAAGUGAAGAUUUAAAAAUCGCGACAAAAUUUGCACAACAAUCUGCAGGCCGAGCUGGCAAAACUGCUAUUCUAUUUGAAAUAGAAGUUGAUCCAACUUUAAUAUCAAUUUCAUUUGCUUCAUUAAAUAAUCUUAGUUACUGUAAUGAAAAAGAAAAAGAAAUUCUUUUUUCGAUGCACACCGUUUUUCAAAUUGUUCAAGUCAAGGAGAACACUGGUAAUAUAUGGAAAGUCAACUUAAAAUCGGUGAAUAAUACCGACUUACAAAUAACACGAUUAACUGAACACAUCAGACAAGAAAUCGGUGAAGGAAGUGCAAUCGAGCGAUUAGGUCGAUUAAUGAUUGCAUUAGACGAACUUGAAAAAGCUGAAGCAUUCUAUGAACUAUUACGUGAAUCAACGCCUGAAAAUGAUAAAAAAGCAUUUGCUUCGAUCUAUAAUCAAUUGGGAUACAUUAAAUAUAAACAAGGUGAUUAUUCGAAAGCUCAACAAUUCUAUGAAGAAGCACGUAGAAUUCAAGAAAAAAUGCGUCCUUCUACUGAUCUUGAUCUAGCGACUACCUAUAGUAAUAUGGGUCUGCUGUAUACAAGCUUAAACGACACUUCUAAUGGAUUGUUAUAUCAUCAAAAAGCUCUUGAAAUACGAGAGAAAAAACUCAACGUAAAUCAUCAGGAUUUAGCUACUACUUAUAACAAUAUCGGACUCGUAUAUGAUCAAAAACAAGAAUUUCUAACUGCUUUGACAUAUUAUGAAAAGACACUUAAAAUUUAUCAACAAACUCUUCCAGAAAAUCAUCCUUGGUUGGCUACGUCUCACAAAAAUAUUGGUCUCGCUCAAAUAUCGAUGGGAGAACGUACGACAGGACUCAAUAAUCUUUCGAAAGCAAUGGAAAUACGAAAAAUAGCACUUCCUUCUAAUCAUCCAUCGAUAGCUUCUCUUUGUGCUAUCAUUGGCGAAGUAUAUCGAGUAGCAGAAGACUAUACCAGUGCGCUCAAGUUCUAUGAAGAAGCAAUAGAUAUUGAAAAUAGAGCUUCUUAUGUCAAUUAUUCAAGUUUAUCUAUGGCUUAUUACAAAAUAUCGAGAAUAUUGAAUGAGCUCAAACAAUAUGAUAAGGCUCUGAGGUAUGCUGAACUUGCUGUUCAAUCAGUUGGCAAGUCUUCAAUGCCAAAUAAUUCGGAUGCAAUAAAGUAUAAGAAAAACUUCGAAGAACUUCAAACAAAACUAUCAUGA